AUGGCCACUACAUCAGGUCAAAAGACAUCCAAGAUAGAACCGACCGAGGCACCUUCAACGCGAGAUGCCGCGGCAAAGCGACGACUUCAGAACCGCCUCAACCAGCGGGCCAGCCGAGAGAGAAGAGCUUUAAAGGCUGGAAAGAACAAUAAUAAACCAAAACGAUGGAUCAUCUAUACCGAAGAAGCCAAAGCUCAUGCAGAAGCAGACCCGGUCAAAAACGAUAAUGUGGUGAUACCUUCGAUACCACCUGAGAAGCCCACCUAUAACUCGUGCCAAUUAAAUGAAAAUAACUGUGCCACCAUCGCAAAUUGGAGUGCCCGAAGACAAUACCUCAUCGCGCAAAUAGAGAAAAGAGUCGCUUCUGCAGCAGCCAGCCAGCUCAACCAACUUACCCUCCUCGCUCCAGUCACAAACCUCAACGUUGUGAACGCCUUGUUGAUUAAUGCAUCAUUCUUGGGCCUAACUUUUGAACUUUUGAACGAAGACAUUGUCUCUACAUUUAACAUUGUCGGGCCAAUGACCUUGCAUCUCCCACCGAGUUUGCAGCCAACCACCACCCAAAAGGAAAUCAUACAUCACCCCUGGGUAGAUCUUAUGCCCAUGCAAUCCUUGCGAGAUACAAUUUUGGCAAAUCUGGGUAAAUACGACGAAGAUGAAUUUUGUGGUGAUCUUCAUGGCGAGAUUGGAGCCUCGGAUGGGAUUGGGCUGAUUUCAUGGGGUGAACCAUGGGAUCCAAGUGCUUAUGAGAUCUCGGAGGUUGUGUUUAGGAAGUGGGCUUGGUUGUUGAAGGACUGCCCGGAGAUUAUAAGAACUUCAAAUUAUUGGAGGAGGAAACGAGGUGAGAAGCCAUUGCACAUCGGGCAAUCGAUUGGGUUUGUGCAUCCCGAGGAAGUUCAGGAACAAUACAAAUUGCAAGUAGAAGUAUAG